AUGGAUAACAACAAUGGCAGCCAUAGAAUUUCAGAGAACAAGGAUGAUAUUGAGGUGGUGAUGCCGCCAUCGACGGUGUCAACGUUCAACAAUUUCAUAGACUUGGGCGUUUUUGAUCUGGACGAGGCUCUAGCGGUGCUGGACGGAGAAUCACGCCGUCUAGUCGCGCCCUACCAGACCUUUGUCUCCAACUUCCCCACUGUUACCGACGUGAGGAGGGACGACGUUUGCUCCGUUUGCAUGGAGGGGUUCACCCGCGACAACAGGGAUGGAGAAAACAAACGAGUCCCGUGCGGCCACGUGUUCCACUCAAAGUGCAUCACCCUCUGGUUGGAGCACUGCAACUCUUGCCCCCUUUGCCGCUGCCAUAUCUCACUUUUCUAA